AAGGAAUCAAAAUAUUGCGCGCCAGUCUAACACAAGUCAGAAAGCACAGAUCAGAAGAAAAUGAAGAAUAAAGAGACGUUUGUCAUAAUCGUGUUUGUGGUGCUCUCGUUGUUUGUCGCUAACAUGGUUUGGCAACAUCAUCAGUCCAUCCUGGUUAGGACCAGCACGUAUCCAUCGAUAUUAAAAACGCAGUCUGCAACAAACACGACAUCGGUGAAGCUCAUGACGUUGACAGACACGACCACGUCGACAGAAAGAGAACAACCGGUGACAAAUGCGAGCCCCGCCAGAUACAUCAUUUACGAAUGCACCAAAAAUGGACUUUGUGGUGGGUGGAGCGAUCGACUUAGAGGAAUCGUGUCUAGCUAUUUAAUAUCUCUCAUUACCAACAGAACAUUUGGAAUCAGCAUAACAGCGCCGGCCUGUAACCUAACUGAUUAUUUUGAACCACACCUAAUCGACUGGAACAUCGAUUUAGAUCGUCUGAAGAACCUGCCAUCUAAACGAAUAAGCCACAUGGAUAACGGUUUAUUUUUCAGAACAGCUGACACAAAGAACUUCUCCGCACUGAUGAAGGAAACUGUGAUAUACUACAGACAGAAUUAUGAAUUUAUUCCACGACUUCAGGAAAGCGCAUUUCAUGCCUCUGAUUUCUUGUGGAUGAAAAAAUGGACGAGAGACAGGGUUUUCGCACAUGUUAUGAGAAUUUUGUUCAAACUAAAAAAUAGCUUAAAAAAAGUGUUGAUCGAUUUUAUUAAUAAGGCGAAACCAGAUAAAAGAUGGAAAUUAAUGUGUGCUCAUAUUCGUUUGGGUCGAAACCCAACAAUUCCUAAUGAUUCUGAACAACGCAACACUAACGAGACAAUUAAAGAAAUCUGGGACUUUAUAACAAAGAAUUUCACGUGUGAUUUAUGUAAAAUAUUUAUUGCAACAGACUCAGAAGACGUACGACAAAAAGCCAAACGUUUAUUCCCUGAUAAAAUAGUUGACAUUCCUGGAGACAUAGUUCAUAUUGAGAGAGGAAAAAUGAAAGAUAGAUGCGACGCAUUCACUAAAGUUAUCUUAGAUCAACAGGUUUUAUCCAAAUGUGAUUCUCUAAUUCUUACUAAAAGCGGUUUCGGAAUAAUAGCUGCAUAUUUAAGGGGAACUGAAGAAAACCUUUUCUGUUCUGCCAACAAACAAAUUGUGAAGUGCACGCCUAAUACCUUUAACACAGUGUUUGGUAUAAGUGGCUGAUAUCAUCGUAUGAAGUUUGGCUGUGCUUAACAUUCGCUGUUGACGAAAAGUGCAGUAAUAAACUCUGAAUUGUAUACUAGUAUAAGCAGAUUUUAUGGCUAUACUAUCACGGUUUGGUGAUGAUGAUGAUAACUUGUUUAACGUGCCCAUAUACCACUAGGGUUUCGA